CAAUUUGGGCUCAUUCACACGGAAUGACGUGUGUUAUGGUGAAGCCGAAAUACUAGUGCGUCACAAAAAGACUUCCUCCCCCUGUAGAACGACACAUCACAGCAAAUACUUAGAGCCUAAAAUUCCAGAAUAAAAGUGUUUAUUAUUGAACUGAAAACAACGUGGAUUAUCCGCGCUUCAGAAGGGAAUCUGGAACUGUUAUAGAGGUGGUUGAAGUCUGACUAGUCAGUGCUACAUUUUGGAACUGGUGCUGUCUACUGCGGCAGUUUGACCAUGGAGAAACAAGAACCACCAGCGUAUGAUCAGUCAGGUCCCGGUUUUUACGAACCUGGCACAAUCGACCAACCACCAGCGUACAUUCCCCCUACCCAGCCUCAGCAGUACCCGCAGCAGCCAUAUCCACAAGGCCAGCAGCCAUAUCCACAAGGCCAGCAGCCAUAUCCACAAGGCCAGCAACAAGCCUACCCUCCAGGCGUGCAAGCAGCAUACCCCCCAGGCGUGCAACCAGUAGGGGUCUACACGGCACAACCUCCAGGAUCGACCGUCAUCGUCCGUCAACCCACGGGACCUAUGCCGAACGAUUACUUGAUAUUCGCUAUCUUUGUGACUUUCUGUUGCUGUCUUCCAUGCGGCAUUGUAGCAAUCAUGAAGGCAUCCGAGACAAAGAAUCGCUGGCACGCUGGUGACAAUGAGGGCGCUGUUCGCAACUCCAAAGAAGCAAAGAAAUGGGCCACUAUAGCGCUGGUGUGCGGCAUUCUCACGUACGUCUGCAUCACUGGUUUCCUAAUUGUCUACUAUUUGUUGUUCUUUUCAUAUCUCUAUAGCUACUAGAUUUGAAAAAUGCAUAAAAGUUUGAAAAGGAGAUCGAAAUCAACAAAUGAAUGUUUGGCUAGUCUGACAAGUCUUUUGAAUACCACUCUUGAUCAAUAAAACCUGGUACCAGAAGCUCCAAAAUAAGCAAAUUGCACUACUCACCUUUUAGUUCUGACGCAGACGAUUAAUUGUGUGUGCCUUUUGGACUUAGCCAAUAAAACAAGUUUUUGUUUUAUGUAUUCGAAUAACGAUAAUCAUGCUGGUUUUGUAAUUAAAUUUAAUUUUAAUCAGAUUCAUAAACGUCAUUUGUCGUUUUACUAGAGAGAUUGGCAUGCCACGUGACAUAAGUGGUGGAACGUUUUUAAUGUUUUUAUUUUUAUUUAGUUAUAACUCAUCACCAAAUAAAAAGUCAAAGACAAUGCCUUACGUUAAAUAUAUAAACUAUAUUUUAAUCAUAGUUUCAUUAAAAAGAUAAAUUGAGUGAUGAGAACAAAAGGAAUGGUGAAAGCAGUAUUUAAAUAAAACAAUUAAAACCCGCAAUUCUAUUUUUUGUUCCGCUGCUUUUGUAUAAACUUCUUGGUGUGUUAGUAGUGGGUUAUUUGUGUCCUUUUUUUUACCUUUAAAUGUUAAUUGCUUACUUUUCAUUGUACAGUAGUAAGGUAUUGUUUUAUUAUAGUUAUUACUUUUUACAAUUAUUUUUAACAUUUCAUCCAUGCAACAACUUUCGUUUCUAUAACGAUUGUUGUUUUUUGUUUGUGUGUGAAGCACAAUGGUCAUUUUGGACAUAUUGUGUUGUAGAAGAGCUGGUAUCAUUAUUAAUAACGGUCAUAAAAUAAACACAGUUUUCAUUUUUUUUA